CGGAGCCAGUUGACCCCGCUUUCCUGAUCAGCUGUUCUGUCUGCAACGUCAUCUGCUCCAUCGUCUUCGGGGACCGGUUUGACUACGAGGACGAGAAAUUCCUCACUUUGGUUGGGCUGGUGAAUGACAACUUCCGGUGUUUAAGUUCCUGGUGGGGGCAGAUGUACAACCUGUUCUCUCAUGUCAUGUAUUACCUGCCCGGACCCCACAACAGAAUUUUCGAGAAUUUCGAGAAGUUGCGCCUCUUCAUCCUGGAGAUGGCCAAGAUGCACCAAGAGACCCUGGACCCCAGCUUCCCCCGCGAUUUCAUCGACUGCUUCCUUCUCAAAAUGCAGCAGGAAAAGGAGGACCCCCUCACCUACUUCCACAUGAACACUCUUCUGAUGACCACCCACAAUGUCUUCUUUGGGGCCACGGAGACAACAAGCACCACUCUCCGCUUUGGCAUCCUCAUCCUCCUGAAGUACCCCAACAUGCAGGGCCAGAAGUCCUCUGUAAAUUCCUCCUCGAAGACUGUUGUGCACUGGGCCCGACAUCAACGGACCUAUCUUGGAUAA